CCGAAUAGGAAUUUGUUCACUGAAGGGCUGAGGGAAAGAGCGUUCAAAUGCUGCCUCGGGAUCAUUCCCACGACUUAAACUUUGGCGGUUUCGACGGAAAAGCAGCUGAUUACCAAGAAUAGCAAGCCUAAGGCUUUAAAUUAAGACAAUUGACUCCCCAUAAACUUCCUUCGUUUCAAACUUGCUGACAGGUUUUCCUCGUUUCCUCUCCUGUUUCUUGUAACCCGGUUUUCCCGCUCUCGUUGCACUCUGCUGUUUACGAAAUACGACCUCAUCGUGCGUUGCUUUGCUUUGCCAAGUUACCGAUAUCAGCCUCCCCUGGAUCUUUUACUUUACCGUACCGCCUCGUUAGCUCAUCACCUCCGCACGGCGAGACAUCAGACGCCAUGGCAGCCCCGGCGAAAAAGACGAUCGGAGACCUGAACGGGAAGUGGAUGCUAAACAAAAACCUCUCAGACAGCGUCGAGCCCGCCCUCGCGCUCCAAGGCGUCGGGUGGCUGAUCCGCAAGACCAUCAACACGACGACCGUAACGCUGCACGUGAAACAAUACCAAGGCCCUCCCACGCCCCCCGCCGUCGCCGCCGACGACAGCAGCGCCGUGACGCGGAUCGACAUCGACCAGAUCGCCGCGGCGGGCGUCAAAGGCACGACGGAGAACCGGUGCCUGGACUUUGUGUUCCGCGAGCACAGCGACUGGCUCUUCGGGCGCGUGCAGGGGCGGUCGCGCUGGAUCAGCGCCGCGGAAUUGAAAGCGUUGGUGAGCCAGGGCGGCGAGGCCAUCGAGAAGAAGUGGGCGCAGGACGACUUCGUGGCGCGCGAUUGGCUCGAGGACGACGCUGAGAAGGGGGGGCCUGACGGCGAGACGCAUGUCCUGAAUCAUGUGGAGAGUUUGGAUAACGGGUGGACGGCGCUGCAGGUCUGGGGUUUCCAGGAUGUGGGGGGUGAGAGGAGGUACGCGAGGAAUAUUGUGGUUGCGAAGGGGGAUACGUAUGUUGCGUUUAGGAUGAUUUAUGAUUGGGUUUCGGAUCUCGAGUAAGCGAGUGAGCGAGCGAGUAAGCGGGUUUGCGAGGUCUGCUCAGCGUACGGCUCGGUUUGAGGGAGCUUGUGUUCGAUUCUGUGAAGGUAGGUAAGGUAUUAUGAGAUAGAUGAUGUAAGAAUGAAUGGGUUGGUAUUUUAAGGCCGGGUAGAUGGAAUAGAGGGGAUAUGAAUUACGGCUGAUUUCUUAU